GGUGUCAGCAAUCAACAAAUUGCUGCCUGAUUCAUAUAAAAGCAGUGUUCUGUGGUUCAGUUUGUAGUUGCUGUCUCAACUGGAAGGAAGUGCAGAAUACUGACUAAGAUGUCUGGCCGUGGGAAGAAAGCUGCACCCAAACCAAAGUCCUCAACGUCCCGGUCCUCCAGAGCAGGGCUCACUUUCCCAGUGGGCCGCAUCCACAGGCUGCUGAAGAAAGGCCAUUAUGCUCAGCGAGUCGGCAACGGUGCUGCAGUGUACUUCGCAGCUGUCCUUGAGUAUCUCUGCGCUGAAAUCCUGGAGCUGGCAGGAAACGCCAGCAGUGACAACAAGAAGCGCCGCAUUGCUCCUCGGCACAUCUUGUUGGCGGUGAAAAAUGACGAAGAGCUCAACAAACUGCUGGCAGGGGUCACCAUCUCAGAGGGUGGCGUGAUCCCAAACAUCCAGGCAACCCUUCUCCCCAAGAAGUCAAAGAUGCCCAAGGAUGACCAUUCAGCUGAAGCUGUUCAGUCUCAAGAGUUUUAAUGUAAACUUAUCAAGAGUUUAGUU